AUGGAAGAGGUUGGCGGCGGCGCCACCCGUUUGCGCCACCAGCGCAUUUCUCCGUCACAUGACAGGUUCCUUGGUAUGUUCCGGCCACCACCCUCCUCCGCCGGGUCCCCGGUGGAGCUCUCCGAACACGAUAUCUUCAACACUCCUUCAGGGAGUUCUUCGCCGUCGCCCACCCACUCGAGCCCUAGCCACCCAACCCGAAACGUCCAGAACCACAAUCGCUGUCAUUACGGCAUCCUAUCUGCCCUAAAUGAUAACCUCAAAACCCGAUCCGGAUCCGGAAAUGGACCCGUGUUCAACCACAAGGCCUCCACCUCUGCGUCCCUCUCCUCAUCGCCAUCGUCCUCACCCGCCACGUCAACCUCGUCUAGGAUGAUGAUUCCGAAGAGGCCGCCGCCGCCGCCACCCCCAGUGGAAAGGAUGCGGAUUCAGCAGCAAUCGGCGCCGGUGAACAUGCCGGUGAUGCCGGCCGCAAUGACGAGGAGGGCGAGGAAAUUAGAGGACAUUGUGUCCGAUGAGGAGGAGGAGGAGGAGAGGAAUGGGGUGAUUUUACCUCCGCACGAGGUGGUGGCGGCUAGGCAUUCGCCAAUGUUGGCGUGCUCGGUGCUGGAAGGGGCUGGUCGGACGUUGAAAGGUAGGGAUCUCAGGCAGGUGCGCAAUGCGGUGUGGCGAAAGACUGGUUUUAUUGAUUGA